UUUUCACUUUUUCCCUCCCGGGUGCCCCCUCUCUACCCUCCCACUCCACACCACCCCGUUUGCCCGUGAGCCUGGGGAACUUGCAGCUUAAAGCCAGCCACCCCCACGGCAACAUGUACCCCAGCAACAAGAAGAAAAAGGUGUGGAGAGAGGAGAAAGAACGCUUACUGAAGAUGACCCUAGAGGAAAGACGCAAAGAAUACAUAAGGGACUAUGUUCCCCUGAGCAGUAUCCUGUCGUGGAAGGAGGAGGUGAAGGGCAAGAGCCAAAAUGAUGAAGAAAAUACUCAGGAAACAUCACAGGUGAAGAAAAAUUUGAGUGAUAAAGUUUCUCUCUACAGAGGCGACAUCACAUUGCUAGAGGUAGAUGCGAUAGUCAAUGCGGCAAAUGCCAGUCUCCUUGGAGGAGGAGGUGUGGAUGGCUGUAUUCACAGAGCAGCUGGCCCUUGUUUGCUUGCUGAAUGUCGUACCCUGAACGGCUGUGACACUGGACAUGCAAAAAUCACAUGUGGCUACGACCUGCCUGCAAAAUAUGUCAUCCACACGGUAGGGCCCAUAGCGAGGGGACAUAUUAACGGCUCCCAGAAGGAAGACCUUGCAAAUUGCUACAAGUCGUCCCUGAAACUGGCGAAAGAAAACAGCAUCCGAUCAGUUGCAUUUCCCUGCAUUUCAACCGGCAUUUAUGGGUUCCCGAACGAGCCCGCUGCAGUGAUUGCCCUCAGCACCAUUAAGGGGUGGCUGGCCAGGAAUCACCACGAGGUUGAUCGAAUCAUCUUCUGCGUCUUCUUAGAAGUGGACUUCAAAAUCUACAAGAAGAAAAUGAGCGAGUUUUUCCCUGUAGGUGAUAAUGAAGAUGUUGACAUGAAAGAAGAUUCAGGGGGGUUAGAGCCAAAAGGCCUGUCUCCACCCCACAAGAAGAGCAAAGCAAAGAAGCCAGAAUGUUCCAAAGACUCUAGUGAGGAUGAGAGCGGUCCGGAGGAAAAACAGAGCGCAGAAGAAAUGGAAGGGCAGAGCCAAGAAGCAGAUGGUGUCAGCGCUGCGACUGGGCACAGCCCUGCUUUAGAAGAGGCAGUUGAAGUCUGUAAAGAUGAAGAUUCUGCAAAAGAUGACAAUAUUACAAGAGACAGCGAAGUAACAGAACAUUCCGAGUGUGACCAAGAUCAUCCCAACGGAGGACAGAACAAUUCAAUGAAGGAUGAGAUACAAAUUGAGGCCGAGUCGCAGAGCUCGUACAUGGAAACAGAAGAGCUUUCGUCCAACCAAGAAGAUGCCACGACUGCGGAGCAACCAGAAGUGAUUCUGCUAACAGAUGACCAAGGAGAGAAAGAAAGUGGAAAAGAUUGCCAGUCUUUCCCUAAUGCUCAAGAAGAGGAAACGCCUAGAGUUUCUGUGAAAAGUGAAGGCUCCGGCAACACAGAAAACAUGACAAGUCCUGAUGUUGAAAUGAGUAGUCAGGUCGACAGUGUGAAUGACCCAACAGAGAGUCAGCAAGAAGAUUAACUAAUAGGGGCACAAGAUGCAGCAAAGGAACAAAGAAACAGAAGGAACUGCGGUCUCCGCAUCCAGCCUCCCGGCCCUGGGC